CAAACUCCACCACAAAAGACCCAUCCAACUCACAAAAAAUCUCUCCCUCUCUCUCUCUCUCUCUCUCUCUCCCUCUCGAUUCCCAGCAAAAUCCUACAACCCCAGAAAGAAUAUCAAAGAAAGUUGCAGACUUUUCCAAGUAAUAUAUACGAAUACGAGGUCAGAAGUGUUUCUGAGCUGAUUUAUAUAUAAAAAUCUUGCUUUCAACAAUGGCGGCCUGUGCCUCACAAGCAGUGAUAGCUGCAGCCAACACCUGCAAUUUCCCAACGCAAAGGUUCUUCAACAACAGGUACCAGUGUGUGAGUAAAGUACGAACUUCCAGCGUGUUCACUAUCAAGGCUUCCUCUGAAGAGACUGAUUGCAAUGUUGAAGAGUGUGCUCCUGAUAAGGAGGUUGGGAAGGUCAGCAUGGAGUGGUUAGCUGGCGAGAAGACCAAAGUGGUUGGAACAUUUCCACCUCGCAAGCAGGGUUGGACAGGCUAUGUUGAGAAGGACACAGCUGGGCAAACAAACAUUUACUCAGUUGAGCCUGCAGUUUAUGUGGCAGAAAGUGCGAUAAGCUCUGGAACUGCGGGUUCUUCCUCUAGUGGAGCAGAGAACAUAGCAGCAAUCGCUGCUGGCCUUGGCCUCAUCUUUGUUGCUGCAGCUUCAUCAGUAGUCCUCCAAGUUUCUAAAAACCCACCUCAAGUGCAGACAGUAGAAUAUUCUGGGCCAUCCCUUAGUUACUAUGUCAACAAGUUUAAACCACAAGAAAUUAUCGAAGCCUCAGUGCCAAGCGAAACUGAAUCACCGUCGUCUGUUCCGGCAGAUAACUCUGCUGCAGAGGUACCCCAGAUUCAGGUCAAAUCCCAAGUUCAACCGGAGCCCUCCACUUCAAGUUUGGAAAGUUUUUUUCUUUCAGGGAAUUGAAGUUGGUAUGGUUUCUUGAACUGUAAAAUCUUACUGGAGUUUUUUCUUCAUAUUAUGAAUGUAUCUAAUUUAAGAUAAAGAUGUAUGCUCUGCAACCUUACGGAGAUGUGUAUCGCAUUGAUCGGGAACAUGAUUAGAAAUACAGUUUUGUUUGUGCCAAAGAUCAUGUUACAUGUGUUAUAUGUUUGAAAAUUUUCCUUGUCACAGUUUUUGAGGUACUAUUGAAUGGAUGCUUCAAGUAAUGUAGCA